CCCGCCGACGACGAUACGGACACAAAUUGGGUGAACACGGUGGGGUCCAGCGCGGUGGUAGUCAUGGUGGGGAAAAAUGAGGUAGUCGUGGCCAAUUCCGGAAACUCACGUGCCGUCCUCUGCCGGGACGGCGUCGCGACUCCCCUGUCACGUGACCACAACCCGGACCGCCCCGACGAGCUGGAGCGGGUGGAGGCGGCGGGCGGGAGAGUGAUCAAUUGGAACGGCUGCCGCGUUCUGGGAGUUCUGGCGACGUCGCGGUCGAUCGGUGACCACUACUUGAAGCCGUUCGUCAUAUCGGAGCCGGAGGUCACGAUCAGCCAGAGGACGGAGUGCUGCGAUUUUCUGGUGAUCGCGAGCGACGGACUUUGGGAUGUCGUAACGAAUGAGUGCGUGUGCCAGGUGGUGAGGAGGUGCCUGGAUGCGCAGACGAAGAGGCAGUUUUCGGAGGGGAUGAGCGGCUCGAGCGCGGCGCCGGCGAAUGCGGCGGCGCUGCUGGCGCAGCUGGCUUUGGCGCGAGGUAGUAAAGAUAAUAUUACUGUUAUCGUAGUUGAGCUUCGUUGAGUUAAAUUUUACAUCUACGUACUGUGUAUUUAUUUUGGGGUCUGGUU